AUGCUCGGGGAGAGGCCCCGGGCCCGGGGGGGCCCUGCCCGCGGCCGCUCUCUGCUCCUCCUCCAGUGCCUGGUGCUGCUCCGAGCCCCCGCCGGCUUGCUCGGGGACCAGACCCGCCGGGUGUCCUUGGAGGUUAUCCCAGGACCCACGGACCCCUCGCAAAACCUGUUGCACAUCCGGGCCGUGGGAGUCAACUCUACAAUUCACUACAUCUGGAGCAGCCUGGGACCCCCAGCCGUGCUCUUUGUGGCCACGGAUACCCCUCAUAGUGUCCUGAGUGUCAACUGGACCUGCCUGCUGUCUCCAAAACCUGAAGGGAGCCUGGCUGUGCUUCCUGCUAAGAGUGUUCGCUUUUCCUCAGCCCUCAUCUUCCCCAAGCUGUUUGAGUUUGACAGUACCAACAGUUCAGAAGUAAAGAACGGGUCCCCAGGAAAGCCUUACCCACCAUACCUGCUGGCUGACUUCUCCUGGGAUGAUGUCAACAGCACGCUAGACCCCACUAUGCUGAGUGCCACAUUCCAAGGUCGUCCUUCAAAGGAUCCCUUGGGGGCCUUCAGCAAUGGCAGCCUGGCUUUCAAGGUUCGUGCUUUCUCUGGUUCUGGUCAUCCAGCCCAUCUCCCUCGACUCUUACAUACGGCAGAUACCUCCCAGCUAGAACUGGUUCUGUCUGGGGCUGUCCCACAAGGCAACCACUCCCUUUUUGGGCUGGAGGUGGCAACUCCAGUUUUGAAUUCAGAGUGUCCCCUGCUGAAGGAGCAGGACUCCAUUGAUGAUGAAUAUUGCCCUUCAGUCUUCCAGCUGGAUCAACUACUGUGGCAUUCCUCACCAGAAGGCUUCCUACAGUGGCGGCCAGUAGCCUUCUCAAAGAAGCAACCAGAUUGGAAAACAGCCCUACCCUGCCAAGUAUCCCCUCCUGGCCCCACCUUGGCUACCCUACUUCCCCAAUCAUCUAUUGUCAGAGCUUUCUUUGGCUCCUCCGCUAACUUCUGCACUUUCAACCUGACAUUUGGAGACUCUACUGGUCCUGCCUAUGAGAACCAGCGCUACCUCAGUUGGUCGGCUCUCUUGGGCGUAGGAAGCCCCCCAGUGGAUUCCUUCUCACCUCUGGUCCUAGGAAUCAUGGUAGUGGUUCUGGGGGCCCCUGCGCUUCUGCUGGUAGGAGGUGGCCUGAGCCUUCUGCUAUUACGACAUAGGCGAUACUCAGAGUAUGAACCAAUCAGCUGAGGUCCUGACCUCCCCCAGGUGCCUUUCCAGAUCCUUCUCCUAAUACCACACGAGGGUGAAAACAAGGAUACACCUUGGAAUAAGGAAGAGAGGACAUCAUGCCUCCCCUUCCUCUGUUUCUGGGCCCUGGUCUUCAGCCUCAGUUUCUUCAGGUCUCCCCUGGGCAAGGGGACAGCAGGAGAACCAGUUAAUGAUGAAAGAGGAUGGGGCACCUAACUUCUAGCCUAAUAUUGGCCUUCUUGAAUCACUUCCCCCCUCCCCAUUCUUUUCUAGUAUUUGUGUUGGGAGUGUGAGAUUUAUACCAGGAUCAAAGCAUUGAGAAGCUUAACCCCCAAUCUUUCGGUUCCUAGAAGGGUGAAGAUGAAAUAUAUACUUAUUUUUUCAACA